AUGGAGAUAGAGACAACCUCACAUAUAAAUAAAGACACAGCACCUCAUUCCCUUGUGUCUAAAAAUCACAUCACUGUGUGUAUUAUCAGAGUCCAGAGACCAGCCCCACCAUCUCCAGACCUAGAGGCCAGCCCCACCAUCCCCAGACCCAGAAGCCAGCCCCACCAUCCCCAGACCCAGAGGCCAGCCCCACCAUCUCGAGACCCAGAGGCCAACCCCACCAUCUCCAGACCCAGAGGCCAGCCCCACCAUCUCCAGACCCAGAGGCCAGCCCCACCAUCCCCAGACCUAGAGGCCAGCCCCACCAUCUCCAGACCCAGAGGCCAGCCCCACCAUCUCCAGACCCAGAGGCCAGCCCCACCAUCUCCAGACCCAGAGGCCAGCCCCACCAUCCCCAGACCCAGAGGCCAGCCUAACCAUCUCCAGACCCAGAGGCCAGCCCAACCAUCUCCAGACCCAGAGGCCAGCCCAACCAUCUCCAGACCCAGAGGCCAGCCCAACCAUCUCCAGACCCAGAGACCAGCCCCACCAUCUCCAGACCCAGAGGCCAGCCCCACUAGCCCCAGACCCAGAGGCUAG